CGCGCAUGCGCAGAGGUGUGUUCGGGAAGGUGAGCUGAGGCUGGAGUUGGAGGCUCGGCGCCUGCGAGGUGAGAACCAUGUGUGCUCAGUACUGCAUUUCCUUUGCUGAUGUUGAAAAAGCUCAUGUCAACAUUCAAGAUUUUAUCUACCUCACACCAGUGCUAACAAGCUCCGUUUUGAAUCAAGUAGCAGGGCGCAAUCUUUUCUUCAAAUGUGAACUCUUCCAGAAAACUGGAUCUUUUAAGAUUCGUGGGGCCCUGAAUGCAAUCAGAGGCUUGAUUCCUGCCACUUCAGAAGAGAAGCCCAAAGCUGUUGUUACUCACAGCAGUGGGAACCAUGGCCAGGCUCUUGCCUAUGCUGCCAAGUUGGAAGGAAUUCCUGCUUAUAUUGUGGUGCCCCAAACAGCUCCCAACUGUAAAAAACUGGCAAUACAAGCCUAUGGAGCCUCUAUAGUAUACAGUGAGCAGAGUGAUGAGUCCAGAGAAAGUGUUACAAAAAGAAUUGUGGAAGAAACAGAAGGAAUCAUGGUACAUCCAAACCAAGAGCCUGCAGUGAUAGCUGGACAAGGAACAAUUGCUGUUGAAGUGCUGAACCAGGUUCCUUUGGUAGAUGCAGUGGUGGUACCUGUAGGAGGAGGAGGAAUGGUCGCCGGAAUAGCAAUUACAAUUAAGGCUCUGAAACCCAGUGUGAAGAUAUAUGCUGCUGAACCCUUAAAUGCAGAUGACUGCUACCAGUCCAAACUGAAAGGGGAACUGACUCCUAAUACUCAUCCUCCAGAAACCGUAGCAGAUGGUGUCAAAUCGAGUGUUGGUUUAAACACCUGGCCUAUUAUAAGGGACCUUGUGGAUGAUGUCUUCACUGUCACAGAAGAUGAAAUUAAGUAUGCAACCCAGCUAGUGUGGGAGAGGAUGAAACUGCUUAUUGAACCGACAGCUGGUGUUGGAGUGGCUGCUGUGCUGUCUCAGCAUUUUCAAACUGUUUCGCCAGAAGUAAAGAACAUCUGUAUUGUGCUCAGUGGUGGAAAUGUAGACUUAACUUCCCUAACCUGGGUGAAGCAGGCUGAAAAGCCAGCUCCUUACCAAUCACUUUCUGUUUAAUUUA